UACCAAAUGGAGCCCUGCAUCUUUACUACCAUCCGCAAUAAUGUUGUAAACGUCAUAUUAUACGCAGAUCGGACAAGGAUGCGUGUGGAUAAUAACAUUGUGUGUGUACGUGUUCGAGUGCAUUAUGAUAAGUGCGCGUAUUAAUAGUGUCGUAGAGGAAUGGAGGCGACAAUGGACGUCGCAGUGACGUUGAUCCAGCGCGCAGAGGCAGACGCAAGGAUGACCACGUGUCCUUCCCAAAGCGCGUCUUAGUCGACACGCGUUAUUAAUGUCCGCUGUUCACUGGAUGCUGUCGCCGGUCGCCUGCGCUAUGAGCGUAUGCGCGUGUUUGUACGAUAGCGAAGUGUUGUUUAGUUCGUCCAGCGGAAUACAUCGUCUGGAAUUUAUUUUGUAUUUUUUUUUUAAUUUUUCUUAUUUUUUUUUCGGUGAAUACCGGUUCUUAAAGGCCGUUCAUUGUCCUUGGGUGACUCUCGGGUCUGUUGACGAGCGCGAACGAUCCCGUCUUCGGUCGUCGCAUAAGGUUAAAUAUUCUUCAAGUGGUAAAGAACAUGAUGAGAGGAUAACUGAAGUUGAAGCAAAAGCCAAUCUAGGGGUAGCCACCCCGACCAUUUGAGCCUUCC